GACAGCUAGUCGCUUACCAGCGGGCCCUUUCGGGUCCUGUCGUUGCCUAGAAACGCGUUGUUGUCGUGCGUGUUCGCAUUGAAUUUUCUAGAAUUGAACUGGGAUUUUAUUCACUUAAACAUACAUUUUCUCGUCAAUAACCCAGCCGUGAAUGCAAACAAAUCUAGCAUUGAUUGAUUAUUACAAAUUAAUGCUGGUUUGUUUCGGUUAGUAGGGUGCUCGGCUAAUAUAAACACGCUGCUCACUCGCCAGUUAGCUACAGUAACAUACUCCGAAUAAAUACGCUACCAGUUGGUUUAAUGUUGUUGUAAAACCAUCUCUAAAUGAUAUCCCCACGUUUACAUCGCGUUUAAUGGAUUAAAACAGCCCAGUUCGCUGUUUGAGCUAUCUGGUCAGCUGGCUAUCUAAUCCCACUGUGUUAAGAGGCUCAGUGUGUAUCUUCGGACUGCUGUGUUCCUGAGGAUGGAGGCAGGAGGCAUUUCUGAUUUGGAUCAGGAAAAAUAUGACGCUGACGAGCAAGUCAAGAUCAUCUGCCUCGGAGACAGCGCUGUGGGCAAAUCUAAGCUUAUGGAAAGAUUCCUUAUGGAUGGAUAUCGGCCUCAGCAGCUGUCCACCUACGCUUUGACUCUGUACAAAUACACCACCGCUAUCGAUGGAAAAACUAUCUUGGUUGAUUUCUGGGAUACUGCAGGACAGGAACGUUUUCGGAGCAUGCACCCCUCUUACUACCAUAAAGCUCAUGCCUGUAUUAUGGUGUUUGAUGUCCAGAGAAAAAUCACAUAUAAGAACCUCCCUAUUUGGUACAAAGAACUACGAGAGUACCGACCCGAGAUCCCGUGUCUGGUGGUGGCUAACAAGAUAGAUGCUGACAUGAAAGUGACUCAGAAGAGUUUCAACUUUGCUAAGAAACAAGGUCUGCCCUUCUACUUUGUGUCUGCUGCUGAUGGGACCAAUGUGGUCAAGGUUUUUAAAGAUGCCAUUCAGAUGUCUCUGUCCUACAAGAAGAACUCCAACGAUUUCAUGGAUGAAGUCAUGAGGGAGUUGGAGAACUUUGAUUUAGAGAGCAAAGAGGAAUUGUCUGAUAAAGAAGAGGAGACGCAAGAAGGAAAUACAGAGUCUGCUUGACCUAAUGCCAACAUACAGUACUCUUCUCUGUCUGUUGUACUGGUGUUUCUCAGAUCAUGGUUGUCCUCUCACUCUCCUCAGAUGCUCGAACAGAAACUCUGUUACAACUACCUCACAUCUCUGUUAGUGUCUACUAUCAAUCUUAUAACAAGAAUAAAUUAUGAUUCUGUGAAUGUGACAUUAUCAGGCGAUUGUUUUGGAUGGUAUAACGGCACAUUAUGAACAUUGAUUUGACAUAACUGUGUCAAGCUCUUACUUAAGUUACUGAAAGAAAACCGGUCAAAAUACUCAUUAGAGGAUUGUCAAGUAUGGGCUGUCCCUAAGGUAAGUUUUAAUAACAUUUUGAAUCUAUACUGUAAUUUGGAUAAUUUUUUAUUUCUAAAAUGUGUAAGAUUUUGGAAGAAUCCAUAUUAUCAUCUAACCAUAGUUAAAAGUAAUAGUCAAACUACAUUAAAGAGAUUAGUUGAUAUUCUGCAUCUCUUCAGGAGUGAGAAGGUGAGAGGGCAGCCAUACAUAUGAGCACAUACGAGUGUGUGCAUGUGAAAGCAGGGGCAAAGGAAAGCCUAGAACACACUGAAUGAUCUCUGGCCUGUGGAAACUGUCAGGUUACAGUUCUACUUGUGAAACACACCUUUCGUAUCUUUAAAUAAAAACGAGGAAGCAUUCAAAAAUGUACUGUGAAAUGGACAUGCAGACAGAGCUCAAAGCAUUUAUCCUUUUCCACGUCCCUCAUCAGCUACAUUAUACCUCUAAAUCAAAAAAAAAAUGGCAUUAAUGCAAUUUUCAGAACUUCAAACAUUAGAAAGCAAAGCUCAUUCUGAUUACUAAAAUAAAAGCAUUACAGUGAAAUUUUGAUCAAAAUUAUGUCACAAUACAUUCAGUUCUAAAAAUAAAGGUGCCACAGUAUAAAAAACAUUUUUAACCAUUUAGUCAAAGGUUCUUGAAAAACGUUUCUUUCUUACCUUUAUAUAGUCUGAAGAAACUUCUUUCACUACAAAGAGGCUUUUGUAAAACAGGAAGGUUCUGCAGAUGUUAAAGGUUCUUUUGAAACCAUUAGCCAUUUUUGUUCAAUGGUUCUGUUGAACACUUUUAUUUUUAAGAGCAUAGAUAGGCUUAAAUUUCUUUAGUCCAAUGAUUUCGUGUUGAAGUUUUGGGGUAAAAUGUGACGUGUUUCUUUACGUUGACUCAGAGACCAGAAAUAUUUCUUAGUCUUUUGAAGAGCAGUUACAUUGCAUAAGCUGUGAAGAUAAAUGGGUUUUCUUUUGUUUAUUAUUUGCUUUUGGUUUGUGUUUGAUAUUUGCACAAGCGCUCUAACAAAAUGUGUCAGUGAAUAUGUACAGUAACAGCUCUGGACGGUAUAUAUAAAUGUAUCUAAACUGGAUUCAACAUGUUGUGUUAAAUGAAAAGUUGAUCUUGUUUUUCAUUCAGCUUUUGUUUUUAUGUAAUGUUAUGAACACUGAAUAUAAAUACAUAUUUAUCCUGUUUGUUUGUUGUCUUGUGUG